AUGUUUAGCGGAACUCAGCAGUCAGGUGUGUCAGAUCUGUUGCUGGGAGCUGGAGGAUUCAGCGGAUCUCUGGCAAAUGGUUUUGGUAGUGAUGGAGGCGCUCCUUCUUCAUCAGCUGCACCAGGGGGUACUCCAAGCGGAAGCAAUGCGUUCGACUUGAAUGACUUUCCUAGUCUCGGCGGAAGCGCCUCAAGUGGAUCUUCUGGAAAUGCCUCUGGCAAUGGGCUAGCAGCAGCACUGAGACAACAGCAACAGCAGCAACAACAGCAACAACAACAACAGCAACAACAACAGCAGCAGCAGCAGCAGCAGCAAAUAUUGGCACAUCAACAAAUGCUACAAGGAGGCAGCAAGCAACAAAGUAAUCUAUAUAGGUUAGCAAUGGGCAGUGCUUCAAACGGAGGAGGAAACUUCAAUAUGGCAACUGAGGACUUCCCGGCGUUGCCAGGAGCUCCACCAAGCGGAGGUAACAGCGGUUCUGGUCCCUCGUCAUCGCCUUUGCUGAUGGAUGGUACUGGUAGUGGUGUCAACUCGUCGCAAGGGGGGGUAGGCUUUGGUCCAACUUCGUCAAGGGCUCCAAGUAGUAUAUACGGAAGUGAAAUAGAAGGAGGAAAUAGUGCACCAUCAGCGAGUGGAGUUGGAAGUCAAUUAGAAGGACCAGGACUUCUGGUAGGCGGCAGCUUAGGUGGACUAGGGGGGUUGGCGGGUUUGCAAAAUGUCGGGAAUCAAUCAUCGCAUUUAAAUCUUCAAUCGAGAGGAACAACAUCCUCUGCAGGAUCAUCCAAUAUUGGAGGAUCAGUUGCUGCGGCUGGUUCGGCACUGAGUGGGGAUUAUGGGCUGCUGGGAUUAUUGGGUGUGAUUCGAAUGACGGAUGCUGAUAGAAAUGCCCUUGCACUGGGAUCAGAUCUGACAAUGUUGGGCCUCAAUCUUGGAUCAAACGAACAAAUCUUCAACACCUUUGCUGGUCCAUUUUCUGACAGUUCGGGAUCUACAAAAGAACCCCAUUUCCAGCUGCCUUCAUGCUACUACAUGCAACCACCGGCACUGAAAACUGGCCAUCUGUCGAAGUUUCAACUUGAAACAUUGUUCUACAUCUUUUACGCUCUUCCUAAAGAUGUUUUACAGGCAUACGCAGCGCAAGAACUCUACUCUAGAGAGUGGCGGUAUCACGGAGAUCUGAAGCUUUGGUUUAAGGUUGCAGGUCCAGCGGAUGGUGUUUCUUCAUCUUCAGCGGGUUCUCAAUAUCUGUAUUUUGACAUCAACUCAUGGGAACGACGCCUGUUCAAUGGCAAUAUGAACCAAAAUGUUACCAGUGGGUUCCUGACGGAAGAAGACGCGAGAGUGAAGUUCUCUAGCUCGUGA